AUGGCCAGGCCCGAAGUUUGGCUACCCAUUCUAUUAUUUGCAAGUUGGGCCAAUGGCCGCACUAUUCCUUCAAAGGGCCAAGAGUUCCAGCAGGCGCAGGACACGGGCUUUACAGAGCCAUUGAUAAGGGAUCUACAUGUGGGAGAACUCAAUUUCCUACAUACCACCGAUACCCACGGUUGGCUAGGGUCUCACUUGACACAACCAAACUACGACGCUGACUGGGGUGACUUUGUGUCCUUCGCAUCAAGGUUUCGAGAAAACAGGGUCGGCACUGCAGGGGACCUGGUCUUAGUGGACACAGGCGAUAAGCACGACGGAAACGGCCUCAGCGAUGCGACUGUACCAAACGGGUUAGAGUCAACCAAAGUUUUCAAUGAGCAAGACUACGAUCUGUUGACACUUGGGAACCACGAACUAUACACCGAGGAGAACACGGUCCUUGAGUACUGCUCAACAGCCAAUUCUGAAAAGUUUAAGGAUGCUUACGUCUCAAGCAACGUGGAAUUCAUAACCAAAGAGGGAAACCCAGUGCCUUUUGGGUCGAAAUACCGCUUUUUCAAAACAAAAAAUCACAACUUCCGCAUCCUGGCCCUCUCCUUCAUGUUCAAUUUCCAGAGAACGAACCCACGAGCGAAGGUAACUCCAGCGCUAGAAGCGCUCAAACAGGACUGGUUUCAAGAUGUAAUUUCCAAGUAUCCAGCCGAGAGCGUGGAUGUUUUGGUGGUAUUUGGCCAUAUGCCCAUCACUGACCCAGAAAACCGGGAAAUCAACCAAGUCCACCGCCACCUUCGGAAAAUUUACCCCAAAACGAUAAUUCAAUACUUUGGUGGUCACUCUCACAUAAGGGAUUUCGCUGUUUUCGAUAAACAAUCGACAGGUCUUCAAAGCGGAAGGUUUUCAGAAACUGUUGGGUUCCUUUCAAUCGCGAACGUCAAGAGCAGUGAACCUAGUUUCUCCAGGCAGUACCUUGACUUUAGUAAGAAAUCCUUUGCAUAUCACUCACGAGUUUCGCAGAGUAACUUGGUUACUGAGAAGGGAUCCAAGAUAUCCAACCAUCUAAGCAAACUGCGGGAAGACUUGAGCUUGAACGAAGUUGUGGGUUAUGUUCCCGAUACCUACUAUAUGGACACAAAGCCUUUGCAGUCGAAACACAACAUUUAUCAUCUUUUAGCCUCGGAAGUUCUGCCUCGCCUAAGGUCUCAACACACCGACGACACAAAGUCUCGUUUUAUCAUAAUCAACACCGGCGCAAUCAGGUAUGACUUGUACAAGGGCAACUUCACAAAGGAUUCAGAGUACAUUGUAUCACCCUUUCCCAACGACUGGAACUACAUCGAGGUCCCGCUCUCGCUUGCAGAAGGCGUAGCAGAUUACUUGAAUAAGGGCCCAGUUUUGCUGAGAUCUUUGGCUCCGCCCUCCGCCUUAAGGCACACCUUAAGGCACACUAGACCGAAAUCGUGCCCUUUUAUUCACGAUCCAGAAAGAAGCAAAGGAUACACCACAUUAGACGAUGGCGGUUGUGAAGGCGACGAUGUACCACACAACACUGAAAUCUAUUACGACAUCCCCAACGUGGUGCAAUCAGUUGAACUAAAACCGGGAAUCCAAGAUACGGCGCACUUGGUGUUCUACAGUUUCAUCCAGCGAGAUGUCGUGCGUGCGCUCAAUGCUUUGAACGAACAAAAGGCAAUCGUGAGGCACCACUACUCAGAAAAGGACUGCCGGCAGUACGGAGGACACGCCACCAAGGAUCUUCUCAAGGAGUGGAUAAGAGAUUUAUAA